CUGUCUCUCUCUUCGAUUUCUGUUGGGUUUUACUCUCUCUCUCUCUAAAUCGACGGCUUGAAUUCCAUAUCCUUUGUUCCAGCUCGAUCACGAUUCCGCGAUCUGCCCUUCAAUUAGAUCGUCGUAGAGGAUUUCUGUCGAACGAAGACGAGGAAUUCGGGAUUUGAAUUAGUUUUUUUUUUUUUAUGGUGAGGGCUGGCUAGGGUUUUGGAUUUGGGGCUGGUGGGAUCUAUUGUAAACUAGGGAGGAAAAGAGGUUAAUUUGGGGAAAUUUCGAGGAAAGUGAAUUGAUGGUAGUCGUUUCAGGGCAAAAUGCAAGGGUAUUAUGUGUAUGCAUGGGUGGAAGGCAGGUGAAGAGGAGAGAAACGGGCGGGUCGGCACAUGUCGACUGUCCCAUCACGUGCUAGCGUAGCUGGUGAUGGUGCUUCUUCUUCUUCCAAUUCAGCUAGUUCGUUUAAUAAGGAUGGGCGCAAGAUCAGUGUUGGAGAUUGUGCUCUUUUUAAACCACCCCAGGAUUCCCCACCUUUCAUUGGAAUAAUUCGAUCUCUGACUUCUAGCGAAGAGAACAAGUUAAAGUUAAGUGUUAAUUGGCUCUACCGACCUGCUGAAGUAAAACUUGGCAAAGGCAUCCUGUUGGAAGCUGCGCCAAACGAAAUCUUUUUCUCCUUUCAUAAGGAUGAGAUUCCUGCUGCUUCCUUACUGCAUCCGUGUAAAGUUGCAUUCCUUCCAAAAGGUGUUGAACUUCCGUCAGGAUUUUGCUCAUUUGUGUGUCGACGAGUUUAUGAUAUUAAACGCAAGUGUUUAUGGUGGCUAACUGAUCAAGAUUUCCUUGAUGGUUGGCAGGAAGAAAUAGAUAAGCUUUUAUCUAAGACACGUAUAGAGAUGCAUGCAACAGUGCAGCCAGGUGGCCGUUCUCCAAAGCGAAUGAAUGGUCCAACAUCAACAUCACAGUUAAAACCAGGUUCUGAUAGUGUACAGAACAGUGCGUCUUCAUUUGCUUCACAAGUUAAGGGGAGGAAAAGAGAGCCGGGAGAUCAAGGCUCUGACCCUGUUAAAAGAGAGCGCUCAACAAAGAUGGAUGACACGGAUUUUGGUCAUGCUAGAUCAGAAACUACUUUAAGAUCCGAGAUUGCCAAAAUCACUGAGAAAGGUGGUCUUGUUGAUUUUGAAGGCGUGGAAAAGUUGGUACAGCUCAUGAUGCUGGAGAAAAAUGAGAAGAAGAUAGACUUGGUCUGCCGGUCUAUGCUUGCUGGUGUGGUGGCAGCAACAGAUAAAUUAGAUUGCCUCAGUAGGUUUGUGCAGCUUAAGGGUUUGCCAGUCUUUGAUGAAUGGCUCCAGGAGGUACACAAAGGUAAACUUGGUGAUGGUAGUAGCCCUAAGGAUGGUGAUAAGUCUAUUGAGGAAUUUCUCCUAGUUUCACUUCGUGCGCUUGAUAAGCUGCCAGUUAAUCUUCAUGCCUUGCAAAUGUGUAAUAUUGGGAAGUCUGUGAAUCAUUUGCGUUCACAUAAGAAUGUGGAAAUUCAGAAGAAAGCUAGGAGCUUGGUUGACACAUGGAAGAAACGUGUUGAAGCUGAAAUGGAUGCAAAAACUGGUUCAAAUCAGGCUGUGUCCUGGCCUUCCAGAACACGGAAUUCUGGUGGAUCUUUGGAUGUUGCCAUUAAGAGCUCAGGAAUGCAACUUUCUGGUUCAAAAAAUGCUUCUGUCAAGCUUGUCCAGGGGGAGACUGCUACAAAAUCUGCGUCUUUCGGGUGUAUAAAACCAUCUCCUUCACCUGCAUCAGUGAGUACAAACCUAAAGGAUGGACAGCCACGAAAUGCUAGUGCUAGUGGGGCCUCUGAUCUUCCUUCAACUCCAGCUAGAGAUGAGAAAAGCAGCAGUUCCAGUCAGUCCCAUAAUAAUAGUCAGUCUUGUUCCAGUGACCAUGCGAAAACUGGGGGUUUCUCUGGGAAGGAGGAUGCUAGAAGUUCAACAGCUGGUUCAAUGACUGUGAAUAAGAUCUCUGGUGGUUCUUCACGGUCUCGGAAAUCGACAAGUGGCUUCCCUGGGUCAGCUCAAUCUGGUGGUCAAAGGGACCAUGGGUCAAGCAGAAAUUCUUCCUCCCACAGAAACCCAGUGUUGGAAAAAUUAUCAGAGUCUGGUGUGACUUGUGAAAAGACACCUGAUAUGCCCAUAGUAGAGGGGAUUAGUCAUAAAUUUAUUGUUAAAAUUCCAAAUCGUGGUCGUAGUCCUGCACAGAGUGCCUGUGCCACAUCGUUUGAAGAACCCUCAGUGAUGAACAGCAGAGCUUCUUCUCCUGUGCUUUUGGAUAAACAUGAUCAAUUUGAUCAUAAUUCAAAGGAAAAGGGUGAUGGCUUUCAACCCAAUAUUCCUUCUGAUUUGAAUAAUGAAUCUUGGCAAAGCAAUGAUUUCAAAGAUGUUCUUACUGGGUCUGAUGAGGGAAAUGGAUCACCUGCUACUGCUCCUGAAGAAGAGCGCCGUAGGAUUGGUGAUGAGACUGGAAAAAUGGUUGAGAUUUCAAAAGCUGCCUCCUCAUCAUCCGGAAAUGAUCUCAAAUCGGGGAACUUGCGUGAGGGUUCAUACAGCUCAAUGAAUGCAUUGAUUGAAAGUUGUGUCAAGUACUCUGAAGCCAAGGCAUCUAUGCCUGUUGGGGAUGAUGCUGGGAUGAAUCUGCUUGCUAGUGUGGCUGCUGGGGAGAUUUCCAAAUCUGGCAUGGCCUCACCAGCUGAUUCCCCUCAACGGAACACCCCUGUUGUGGAUCACUCUUGCCAUGUCAAUGAUUCAAGAAUAAAAUCGUCUCCUCGAUGUGAUCUUGGUCAAGACCAAAGUAAGACUCUUGAUUCUGCUGAUGAUGAACGUGAGAAGCAGGUUCCUUCUGGUACUGUUUGGGCUAAGAAUACAGACAGUAGAAACAGUCCCUUAUUUUCUCUGGAGAAACCUGCAGGGGACCUUAGUGGACAACAUAAUGGAAUUUCGGAAGAUGCAACUGAGGUUGCACAAGUUGCACCUUCUGCUAGCAUUGGAGAGAAGAACUCUGCUGGUGAAGAAGGCAAAGAACUUAUAGUGAAAAAGGCAAGUGGAGUGCCUGCUGAUAGCAUUCCAGGUAUCAAACAAAAGAUAAGUGGGUCUUUGUUAACCGAAGAUAAGGUCUCUGAAUCAGGUAUAGAAAUUGAAACAAAAGGCUUUGAAGGAUCAUCUAACCCAUCUUUUGAGAUUGAUAGUGAGAAGAAUAAAGUGAUGUCUUGUGAAGGGUUAAACGAUGGUGUGCGAAAUGAGUCCAAGCCUGCUACAGUGAUGCAUCCUGAGUUUGGGAAAAAAACAGAUGAAGGGCUGCCGGUUCCCUCUGUUUCUUUUAAGGAUAUAGAUUCAGUGAAUGUUGAUGAUGUUAAGUCUGAGAAGGCUGAUGAGACAGAUAGCCGGAGACAUGUAAAAGACACUGAAAUUCAAAAAACUGAAUGGGACAGUAAUGCUUCUAUAACUCAUGAGAGCCGAGUUGUAGCUGUUUCAGGUUCAGCUUUUAUAGAGCACAAAGGUGAGACUGCAGAGGAAAGUCCAGAAGCUAACAAGGUUAAUGUUCAAUGUUCUGGUGGACCAACUCCUUCCAAGGCAUCUCCUGCAUUACAAGUUCAAGAAGUAGAACAGUGUGCAAGAUCUAGGGGGUCUAAGACUGAAGUAGACGAAUCGGAGGAAUCUACAUCUGCCACUGCUGAUGCUUUUUCUCCUGCUGCAGGGGUUUCAGAUAUGAAUGCAAAAGUGGAAUUUGAUUUGAAUGAAGGCUUUAAUGGGGAUGAUGGGAAAUAUGGGGAUUCAAAUAACAAUAUAAGCCCAGGAGUUACAGGUACUGUUCAGUUAAUUAGCCCAUUAGCAUUUGCUGUUUCUUCUGUGUCAAGUGGCUUUCCUGCUUCAAUUACAGUGGCUGCGGCAGCAAAAGGGCCUUUUGUUCCACCAGAGGACCUAUUGAGGAGUAAAGGUGCUCUUGGUUGGAAGGGAUCAGCAGCCACAAGUGCGUUUCGACCUGCUGAACCAAGAAAGGUUUUGGAGAUGUCUCUGAGUACAAGUAAUGUUUCUCCUCCUGAUGCCACUGCUGUCAAACACACUCGGCUUCCAUUGGAUAUUGAUUUGAAUGUGCCAGAUGAAAGAAUCCUUGAGGAUAUAGCUUCCAGAACUUCUGCUCAGGACGCAGCUUCUGCAUCUGAGCAAACAAAUAAUAGGGACUUGGCACGUGAACCUACCAGUUCUGCACCUGUGCGGUGCUUUCGGGGACUUGAUCUUGAUUUAAAUAGAGUCGAAGAGCCUACCGAUUUGGGUAAUCUCUCAACAUGCAAUAUUCGUAGACCAGAUGUACCACAUCAGCCUCUAAAAUUGUCAUCGGGUUGUCCUAAUGGUGAGGUGAGUGUCUGCAGGGACUUUGAUUUGAAUGAUGGACCUGUUGUUGAUGAGACUAGUGCUGAACCAUCCCUGAUUAACCAGCACCUUAGAGGCAGUGUGCCAUCCCAGCCAUCUGUUUCAAGCCUUUGGGUGAAUAAUUCAGAGACAGGGAACAUUUCUUCAUGGUUUUCCACUGGGAACUACUCAGCCAUAUCAAUUCCGUCUAUUUUGCCUGAUAGAGCUGAGCAGCCUUUUCCCAUUGUUGCAACUGGUGGGCCCCAAAGGAUGUUGGGUCCCCUUACUGCUGCUACUCCAUUUAGUCCUGAUGUUGUCAGGGGCUCAGUGCUGUCAUCUUCUCCGGCAGUGACCUUUCCAUCCACCUCAUUUCAGUAUCCUGUCUUCCCUUUUGGUAACAGUUUUCCUCUCCCCUCAGCAACCUUUUCUGGUGGUUCAGCAACAUAUGUGGAUGCAUCAUCUGGUGGGAGGCUGUGCUUCCCUGGAGUCAAUUCACAAUUAUUAGGACCUGCUGGUGCAGUCUCGUCCCAUUACCCUAGGUCUUAUGUUGUUAAUCUAGCAGAUGGCAGCAAUAGCGUUGGUGCUGAGAGCAGUAGAAAAUGGGGAAGGCAGGUCCUAGAUCUGAAUGCAGGGCCUGGUGGCCCAGACAUAGAAGCUAGAGAUGAGAUGUCUUCUCUUGCACUGAGGCAAUUGUCGGUUGCCAGUUCUCAUGCACAAGCAGAAGAGCAAGCAAGGAUGUCUCAUAGUGCAGGUGGCAUUUUGAAGAGGAAGGAACCUGAGGGAGGGUGGGAUGGCUACAAGCAGUCCUCGUGGCAGUAGCAAUUUGUAGUUUUACAACCCAAUGAUCCAUGAAAGCUUCUCCCCAGCUUUUUGAGGAUGGGCAUUGGCUAAUCCUGAGAGGUCAUCAUCUAGCUUGUCUGCACUUGGAGGAUGGGUGUUAAGUGAGUUCUUUGAUGUUGUUAUUACUCGUCUCCAACCCCCAGCCUUCCGCUGUAUCAAUCGUAUCGUAAAAGAAUCUGUUCUGGGUCUUUAAGCUGGGUUUGUUACUUGAGUUUGUCCUGGCUGGCUGCAGAUCAGUUUCCCUUUUGUAGAUAUUUAACUGUUGGAAAGCUUGCACUGUAUUACCCUGACAUUCAAGUUGGUGUCCAUACUGAUGUUUAGUAUCUUCAGAAUUAUAUACCAUUGGACCAACCGCACCUUCCUCUUUCAACCUCAUGAUAUUGGGAGGUUGGUUUGGCUAUCUGCUUUAAACGGAUUUAUUUUAUUUUACUUGUCUUUGCUUCCUUGUAUAUCUUCUCUGCUUAUUCAUUUUUCUUCUUUUGUUCUUUUAUAGACAAUAUGGCCAUUGUACCCACCCUACCUGUCGUGAAAGUACAUUUUUCUUGUAUUGAUAAUCAUAUAGCCUGGGGUUAUGAGACUCAGGCUAUAUUCACUAGUUAUUCAAUUAGGGACAUUGUAGUGGUAGACAAGGUACUAUAAUUUAAGUACAAACGGAGCAUAUGUUAGCCUUAGCUGAUUAUGUUUUCUGAUUCUUUUACUUGUAUCGAUUUGCCGGUUUCUCUUCCUUUGGAUUUUCAAUUCUUCUGUUGAAUGUUAAGUUCAAAAUUUCUUGUCA